AAAAAAUUGGGCCCUCAAGUUUUUGGGGCCCGUUGCCCAUACCCGCCCGCCCUCAGGGCCGGCCCUGGAUAUUAGUACUGCUUGUUGCGCAAUUAAUCCAUCGUUCCCCAAAUUUUGCGAAAGCUAUCGACGGAUAUUUCGAAAUUUACCCUUGAAGAUAAUCUCUAUCGAUGCAUGUUUUGAAUAUGUAAGUUGAAAUCAUGGCAGGCUGAAAUGGCGACCGAACAAGCGAAGCCAGCUACUGACGAAGUAAAGAUGGAUCUGUUUGAAGAUGAUGAUGAAUUUGAGGAGUUCGAAAUCGAUCAAGAGUGGGGGGACAAAGAGGAAGGUAAAGAAGUAGCUCAGCAAUGGGAAGAUGACUGGGAUGAUGAUGACGUCACUGAUGAUUUCUCCCUGCAGCUCAGGAGGGAAUUGGACUGCAAUGCUGAGAAGAAAUAGGGUGGAACUUGAGGUGUCUGCUGUAUGUUUCGGAUUUAUAACUCUGAUUUCAAACUUUAGUAUAAUGACUUGCCACCUUGUUGCUGCUGAAUAUUUUUAAUUCGGCAAAAACCCUUAUAUACCUAUUCUCAAUGAUUUGGCUAUGUUGUGAGUUUCAA